GACCUGCGACAUGCGCAGGUCGUGGGUGGACGCUGCGAAGUCGGCGGUCCAGUCAUAGGUCCGCCUGCGCCCAAGCCGCCUGCCAACAACGUGUCCGAACAGCUCCAGGCGGUUGCGGCGAAGCUGUCACAGGCAGCUGGCGUCUCUGCAGUCCCGAGCUGCGAGACCCCGCCGCAGACGCCUCCGCCUCCCACGGCGUCGCCUUGUGGCACUGGGGCUGUUUCGGAGCCAAGCCCAGCGAAUCGGUCUCAGCUGGUCGACGCGGUGAAGAAGCUUGAGGCCGCGCUGGCAGCAGCGCCGGAAGGGCCAGGGCUCGAAGAAGCACGACAGCACCUUCAGGCUCAGCUCGACACGAAGCGCAAGGAACUCGGCGACAUGCGGCCGCUCGGCAAGCGCCUCGACGGGGCCAAGGCGGCCCUCGAGCGCGCCAGGGUCGCGCUGCUUGAGCAGCAGUUCUAUGAGCGAAGCCUGGAUGUGCUUGGCAUCCAGGAGGAGAGGAAGUCCACGCACGCACUCAGUCAGUCUCGCGAGGUAGCCUCCUUCGCUGUAGACCUCACGCUGUCGGCCAAAGAUGGCAACCAGAUCGACGCCGCGACUGGAAACACUGAGGCGCUGCUCACGCACCGAGGCGCUCGCGCCACAGCGUGCCGCGAAGCUCGCCGCGACGACUCUGGACAGCUCUCCGUGCAG